UUUGCGCCGCCACUGUGAAGCUGAGUCUUCGUUGAUCUGCGUUUGCUCAACAACGCUGUGUGUUUGACUGCUGAACCGCGGAGUCCAGGUAGUUUGUGUUUAGUCCGUGUUGCGUCUUCAGGGACGAAUCGACGUUUUGUGCGGAUUCACUCCAGCGCCAGCAGCUUCAACAGUGAGCAUGUCCAGCUUGACCCUGCUUGUUCUGUACGGGAGCCAGACUGGGACAGCCCAGGACACAGCCUUGCGGAUUGGACGACAGGCUCAAAGGAAGCGGAUGCAGGUUCAAGUGACACCACUGGAUAGCUAUAAUGUGGCUGGCCUGAUCUCUGAGUCCUUGGUUGUUUUUGUGUGUUCCACUACUGGACAAGGGGACCCUCCUGACAACAUGAAGAAUUUCUGGCGGUUCCUGUUCAGGAAGUCCUUGCCAGCUGAAGCUCUUUGUCACAUAGACUGUGCUGUGCUGGGGCUGGGGGACUCUUCCUAUCCAAAGUUCAAUUUUGUCGCCAAGAAGCUUUAUAAGCGCCUCCUGCAGCUGGGUGCCAGCAUGCUGCAGCCUGUUGGGCUGGCGGAUGAUCAACAUGAGCUGGGGCCAGAUGCUGUGAUAGACCAAUGGCUCACAUCCUUCUGGAAGAAGCUGUCCUCUAUGUACCCGUCUGUGGCCAGCAUGACACCCCUCAGAGAGGAUGAACUACUUCCUCCAAGGUUCAUUUUUAACUUCUCGAAUGAUGUGCAAGAGAAGCGAGAUGAUAGGAUCAGGGCUCCUGAAGGACAAACUGUACCCAGCCAAGCCCAUCCCUUCCUAGCUAGCAUGGUGUCAAAUCAGAGAGUAACGCAUGCCUCCCACUUUCAGGAUGUGCGGCUCAUUGAGUUCGACAUCACUGGCUCCAGCAUCGAGUUUGUGUGUGGUGAUGUGGUCAUGAUGUACCCCUGUAACAAACCAGAGGAUGUACAACACUUCUGUCAGCUGUUAAGACUGGACCCCGAUGCCCAGUUCACCCUCAGCAGCACUGACAACACUGCAGCAUUAAGUUUUGCUGGCCUUCCCCAGCCCUGCACGGUGCGCCACCUGGUGGAGCGAUACCUGGACAUUGCCGCUGUUCCUCGACGUUCCUUCUUUGAGCUUCUGGUCUGCUUUGCUACUAAUGAGCUGGAGAGGGAGAAGUUGGCCGAAUUCAGCUCAGCCCAAGGCCAGGAGGAACUCUACAGCUACUGUAACCGGCCACGGCGUACCACUUUGGAGGUGUUGGCAGACUUCCCUCAUACUACAGCAGCGAUCAAGGUGGACUACCUUCUGGAUCUGUUCCCCGAGAUCCAGCCACGUUCCUUCUCCAUCGCCUCCUCCCUCCAGGCACACCCAGAUAGGCUUCAAAUCCUGGUUGCUGUGGUACACUAUAAAACAAACCUUCGCAAACCACGCAGCGGUCUCUGCUCCAGCUGGCUCGCCUCCAUGGACCCUGCACAAGGGGACAUCUUUGUGCCUUUAUGGGUGAAAAAGGGAACCUUAAAGUUUCCAAAAGAAAAGGACACCCCCGUGAUAAUGGUUGGGCCUGGAACAGGAGUGGCCCCAUUCAGAUCUGCCUUGCAAGAGAGAGUACCCCAGGGUGAAACCGCCAAUGUGCUGUUCUUCGGCUGUCGCUCUGAGUCCAAGGACUUCUACUUCAGAUCAGAAUGGGAUGAGAUGGUCCAGGCUGGAAAGCUGACCCUCUUCACUGCCUUUUCCCGAGACCAGGUGGACAAGAUAUACGUGCAGCGCCGUGUGAAGGAGCAGGCUAAGCUGCUGUGGGACCUGAUAGCUAAUCACAGUGCUGUCUUUUUCAUUGCUGGAAACUCCAAACAGAUGCCAGCCAGUGUGUGUGACGCUCUGAAGGAGGUGUUUCAGCAGGAAGGGCAUCUUUCCGUGGAGGAAGCUGACCAGAUGCUGGUAACCAUGGAAACGAUGGGCCGAUUCCAGAGCGAGACCUGGUCCUGACCUCACGGAAUAAUUUUUAAAAUCCACUGUUUUUUCCACAUGUGCAAUGAAAGUUGGUAUAAUGUCAUGUAUAAUAAUGUAUAAUAAGCUUCUUUGAGCAUAUUGUUGUUAUGAAACAUAAAGAACUGAAUCACCAUGUUUAUGUGACUUGCUCUUCAAGACACCGGAAAAGCACACGAGAAUUAUUGAUUAUUUGUAAAGAAAUGCCAGGUCUAAUUUUAUAUAUUUUUUAUUAUUAUUAUUAUUUUUUGUAUACUUUAUUAAUCCCCGUGGGGAAAUUUCUCUGCAUGUAACCAUCCUAGCUGUGUGGCUAGGAGCAGUGGGCGGCCACCGUGCAGCGCCUGGGGACCAACUCCAGUUCUCCUUCCCAUUGCCUUGUUCAGGGGCACAGACAGGAGUAUUAACCCUAACAUGCAUGUCUUUUGUUUUGUUUUAACUAAUAAUGAAUAAACAAUGCAAUACACAAACGGAAAAGGGCACAACUCAAAUUGGAUGGUUGAAGUAAAGUUGCCAGGUGCUAAAAGUAAUACCUGUAGACCACGAAAACUUGAAAAUGUCAGUUCUUCAGAAGCUUCUCAAUACUUGGCAAACAUGUAAAUUACAAGUCAUAAAUUAAAUAAUCUUUACUGGUAAUUAUUAUGUAAUGAUGUGUGUUGGGCAAGUUACUUUCACAUGGGUGUGUAUGGGGUGCAUUGUUGUUGCCUGCUGUGCUGAACUGUGUCUCCAUCUUUUGCCUUUUGUCUGGAAGUAUGGGUAGAUACGUACAGUGGGGAGAACAAGUAUUUGAUACACUGCCGAUUUUGCAGGUUUUCCCACUUACA